AUGUACUCCACCAAGGCUGUUCACGCCUUAAAGAAUCUCUUCUCGCGCUAUCACGAACCGACAGCCCUCUCCAAAACACAAGCCCAAAAGCUCCUGGAAGGUCUCAAAUCUUCAUUUCGAGAUCAACUAGACCGAGAACAUGGCCACAACGUUAGCGACAUCAAGAGAACCAAGAUAGCAGCCCCGACCACCUCGACAGAGCUCAGAACCUCGCCGACUGAUCAGCAUUUAAAGACGUUGCUUUCAAACCCCCUGUUUAGCUACAAUGAGCUCACGGAAAGCCCUCCAUUGGGUCCCGCUAUACUUAAAAACCAACGAGACCCGAUGGAUGUCUUUGAUCAUGCCGUAUCAAAAGGAAUGAUGACGAUUCGAGCGGCAACCGGCUGUUUAAUAACGAAACGCAAGCAAAUGAAAGCUACACAAGGGGAUUUAUCCGUCCUGGAUGGCUCCGACACUGCCCUGCGGGUUCUCCGUUGGAUACGGUCGUCUAGGUCCGAAAACAACCUAGAUUUUUUGGAUAACAGACCCUUUGUCAAUGCCUUGAUGCCCUUCUUAAUAUCAGAAGGCCUCGAAAACGUCGCAUGGGAAUGGGUCACCCGGUCCUUGCGCUCUGCUACGGAAGAAGUAGAUCACGCAGCUCAACAUGGCAGAGCUGAAUUUGUUCUCGGCAACUUGGUUGCAGUGAAAGGGUUACCCCAAUACGGAGACCUGGAUGCCGCCAUCGUGACUCUGUUACGUGCACAAAAUGCUUACCAAGCAAGUCCUUUCCUCUCAGAACUUCUUUGGAAGCCUUGGCGAUCAAUAUCAUGGCUCUCCACCGUCGAGUCACACUCGAGGACGGCGCCUAACGAGAUCCUUUACAAUGCACAUGUCGCAACAGCUGAGAAGUUCACUUCCUCAGUGGCAGUCGAGCAGGCACACUUGAGCUUAUGGCAUCCCACUCACCCCAGUGUGAACCAGGCACUCAGUCUCUUCCGCGACACCGGUAGGAUGGACGGGGUGAUGAAAUCGAUCAGCAAGGAGGGGAAGUACUCCUCUAAGAAUAACCGGAUGAAGCUGGGCCAGUGGCUCGUUGUUCUCGGUCACGAUACCGUGGAUGUGCUUGCUCGGUCCGGACGGGCCCGUGAAGCCAAGGAGGUGGCUGAACUCCUCAAGAUGGAACUAUCAGAUUAUCACCACCAACACCAGACGCUACAACUCACUUGA